AUGGAUCUUGGAACAUUAGAUAGUCUUACUUUCUAUCAAGACUGUAUAGACUUUGACAUGAAAAGUGAUUAUGAUCGUGUGUUAUCAAAUAGUAGUUUCAACUAUGAUGAUUCAUUGUCAUUGAAUGAUGACAACAUGAUGUCCAUGAUGGAUCCGCUCAACUCUGGAUUAUGGCUCAAUACCAAUUCAGAUUAUCACGAUUUAGCCUUCAUGGAAGGGGAUUUAGAAUCGGCUAUUAUGGUUAAUCCUAAUUCUGUAAUACCAUCAUCUGAACCAGCUGCAGAAAUUAAAAUUAAGGAAGAACCAGUUGAACCAAUAUUACCAAAUACCUACCUGCCUUUUUCAAUUAAACAAGAAAAACUUGAACCGGUGGAACCUGAAGAAGUUUUGAUUAAGUUUCCCGAAAUUAUUCCAGAAUGUACAAAUAUAAAAUCUGAGAAAUCACCAUUUGAAAUAACCAAAGUGGAAGAACUCAGACCUAUACCAAAAGCUAUUAGGCUAUCUGAUUUAUUGAGUCAAACAUCGAGUACUGGACACCAGAAGACUGAAUUAAUGACUGUACGUGUAACAAUGCCAUCAGCCUUGCCCACACUAAAGACAACUGUAACUACUAGGACAGUUCCUAUUUCUUUUGUUAAUAAUACCAUUUCCGGGCAUUACAAAAUUGUUAGGCCUAAGCAACAAAUAAAACCGAUUCAAUCCAGAAUCAAUGGCAACAAAAUGAAUGAAAGCAUAGGCCUUUAUCCAAGACCUACAUACUCCUACUCAUGCUUAAUUGCUAUGGCAUUAAAAAACUCGAGUUCUGGAUCUUUACCUGUUUCAGAAAUUUAUAAUUUUAUGUGCAAACAUUUUCCGUAUUUUAAAACUGCCAGUAGUGGAUGGAAAAACUCUGUUCGUCAUAACCUUAGUUUAAAUAAGUGUUUUGAAAAGAUUGAAAAACCAAUUGGUAGUACUGGUGCACCAAGGAAAGGAUGUUUGUGGACAAUGAAUCCAAGCAAAAUAUCAAAAAUGGACGAUGAGAUGCAAAAAUGGUCGCGUAAAGAUCCUAAUGCAAUUAGACGUGCAAUGCUCAAUCCUGAACAUUUGGAUUUACUUGAACGUGGUGAGAUGAAUGAAUGUUAUGAUCGGCGUGACAGUUAUUUCUUUGAUGAUGAAGAAGAGGAGGAAGAAGAAAUUAUCGGUCAAGAAAUGACAUCAGAAGACGACAGAAUCAGUGAUGUCGAAGAAGAAUCUGAUAACGAGUCAAGAAUUGAUAAGGAUGAUUCACCGUAUCAGCUAAUAACAUUUGGCCUAGAUGAUUUAGCUAACCUCAAUGACCUCGGCAAUGAUAUUGAUGAUGAUGAUGAAAUUGAAGAUAGUUCAAAUGAUGGCAGUUUCGGCAUUGAAGCUUCAGAGUACAAAACAAACUUUGAUGAUUUGAUAUCUGUUCAAGAUAUACCUAUGACAUAUGUAGUUCAGCCUCAAAAUAAGACUGUAAUCAACAAUAAACGGCCGUAUCAACAACCUUUAUAUAAGGGUAGUUAUGUAUUGACUAAAAAUGUUGCAUCAAGUGUACCAAGUCCAAAGCGAAAAUUCAUCAGUAGGCCUGUAUCAAUAUUAAGGAAUAUUUAA